AUACUCGUAAGCAACAUUACCAACUGCUGAAUGCCUCGUACACCCAGCAGCCUUGCACACUCUUGCAUAUCUGGCAUGUUUUUGAGACUGGUCCCUUUCACAGACAUUACAUCACAGGAACCUGUCUCCUAGUAGAUCGGGAUGGAAAAACUGCUCAUCAAAUCAGCCUCCAGCAAAGUGUGAAAGACCAUCACUGAUCUGGGUAGGGUUAGUACGGGACGGGGCAAAGUUAAUAGGCAUUAGGUACGUAAUUGUGUCCUGGGUGCCCAACUCUGCAACAGCAAACAGAGCGGUGAGGAGCUGUGGCUGAAAUGCUUUGCUUUGGCUGCCUCUCCUGUGGUUACCAAAAAUCCUUGAGCAGUCACUUAUCUCCAUUUUUCCCACGAAAAGCAAGAUUGCUGGGUAAGCCCAGGGAACAAGGAGCACAACCAGUGCCUCGCUGUUAUGCCUUUCCUCUCUUUGUGAGUUGCUGCUUCUCCAUUUUACUGUUCUCAGGGGUUUGAUUUUGUUCUUCAGGCUUUGGUGACAUCUGCUAUGGUUUUAUGGGUCCCCUGAAGCUCCUUUGAGAAUCUGUAGAUCUCGGUACUGUUUGGAAUUUACCAUUGUUCAUUUUAUUCUUCAGUCCCAUUGCACAGAUCCUUUUCACGCUCAGUCUUUAGGAGCUGAAACACUGCCCGCACACUCUCAGGUUCUACUUGCAAUACUCUUAUUUACCUCUUCACGUAUGGAGAUGCUGUCUGAAGGUACGCCUGCCUCUGGCCAUGGAAAUGACACUUUGUUUAUCUCACUGUCUAGACACGUGUCAUUUUUUGUCACUUUUCCCACUCCAGCUGAGAAUGUCCGAUUGCUGAGCACAGUGCCUCUAAUGCCCAUAUGUGGGGGGCAGGGGCUGUCAGCUGUGAUCACUGCUUUUCUCUUACUUUUCUCCAUAAUACCAAUUUCUGGUUUCCAGGACCUCUUGCAGUCAGCUCACAGUUCUCAUGCACAGAGCUUGACACAGAAGCAUGCUUGUGACAGAGGGCUCCUGCCCUAUAGAUUCACAAAAUCACAGAAUCAUGGAGGCUGGAAAAGACCUCUCAGAUCAUCCAGUCCAACUGCCCACCUACAACCAAUGCUGCCCGCUGCCCAGCUCCCUCACUGCCACCUCCCCAGGGCUCUGGAACACCUCUGUGGACGAUGACCCCACCGCCUCCCUGGGCAGCUGUGCCUCUGCAUCACCAUUCUUUCAGAUAAGUUUUUCCUAAUAUCCAUCCUAAAGGAGGGCUGUGUCCCCAAGCAUACGGUGUUCAGCCAGCCCACAGCCACGUACGCACCCUCCGCAUUACAGAGCCUUGCUAUUGCAUGUUUGCCUCUGCUUGCCAGCCAGCUCCCACACACAGCAGCUCUGCAGCUCCCUUGCUAAACCUGCUUUCUGUGGUUAUAUUCACUACAGCUCCAGCCUUGCAGAAGCGUCUCUCCUGAGUCUCAUUCAUCAUUGCACCACCUACACAUAAUGAUCAGAAGAAUCUAAACUCUGCUCCACAACAUUGGGUGCCAGUUGCUCAUUGACUGCACUGUGCAACGCUCCUCUGGUUGACCCUGGGCUGAAGGAUGGAGCUAUUGCUUCUUCACUACCCAUUUACUUUCCUGCUCAUUGCAGUUCUAAUCCUUUGCUGGCUGUAUCCUACAUUCAGAUACUUCUGCACGAUGACCUUCUACCAGCUGUGGAUCUUCACCAUCAGCUUCCUGGUUAUUAUCAUUGCUCUUCCUCGUGGCCGCAGCUGCGAAAAUAUGAAGAUUCUGCGCGUGGCGAUUCUUGCAGCCAAAUAUUUCCUUGGUAUCAAGAUAGCGGUGAAGGGCGAGGAGAACCUCAGCACUAAGAAGCCUUGUGUGCUCGUGUUGAAUCACCAGAACUCGCUGGACAUUAUGGUGAUGAUGCAGAUAUUACCAGAUCGCUGUGUGCCCAUUGCAAAGAAGGAAAUACUGUACAUGGGCACUUUUGGCCUCGCAUGCUGGCUUUCAGGCAUCAUUUUCAUUGACCGUAAGAAGAAGGAAGAGUCCAUUGCUAUCUUGACAGAGGUGGCACACGCCAUGCGCAAAGAUAACUUCCAUGUCUUGAUCUUCCCUGAAGGAACUCGCAAUCACAGUGGCUCCAUGCUGCCCUUCAAACGUGGGGCCUUCCAGCUGGCCGUGAGAGCCCAGAUCCCCAUUGUUCCUGUAGUGAUCUCUUCCUACAACAGCUUCUACAGCCAGAAGGAGAAGAGAUUCACAUCAGGGACGAGCACCAUCCAGAUCUUACCAGCAGUGGAGACAGUUGGUCUGAGCUCAGAUGAUGUUCCCAAGCUCACUGAGCAGGUCCGUGACUCCAUGAUGAGUGCCUAUCAGAGGAUAUCAGGAAUGACAAAUGGGGGUUCCCACCAGUGAUUCCACAACCACAAAAAGGCCCAGAAGCAGAAAACACAAAGCCUGCAAGCCUGACAGUGACAGGCAAAAGCAUGGAAUCAUUUGAUUUGGAAGGGACUCUUGAAGCCAACACCCACAGCUCCAUCAGUGCUCAGAACCCCUCCAGCCUGAUCUUGGCUGUCUGCAGGGAUGCGGCACCCACCAAACCUCUGGGCAACCUGUGCAGUGCCUCACCGCCCUUCUUGUACAAACCUUUCUCCUUGUAUCCAAUCUAAAUCUCUCGUCCUGUCACAACAACCCCUGCUAAAGACUCUGUCCCCUUUCUUACAGCCCCUUUAGAUACUGAAGGCCGCCCUCAGCUCUCCCCACAGCCUUCUCCUCUCCAUGCUGCACAGCCCCAGCUCUCAGCCUGUCCUUGCAGGGACGUGUUCCAUCCCUAGGAUCAUUUUUCUGGCUCUCCUCUGGAUGCACUCCAACAGCUCCACGUCUCUCCUGUGCUGAGCACUCCCCAUCUGGACGCGGUGCUCCAGGUGAGGUCACAGCACAGAGCAGAGGGGCAGAUCCCCUCCCUGCCCUCCUGGCCACACUGCUCUGGGUACAGCCAGGGGAUGGUUGGCUUUCUGGGCUGUGAGGGCACACUGCUCGUGCCCAGCUGCCACCCACCGGUACCCUCAGAUCUUUUUGGCAGAGCUGUGCUCCAUCCUUACACCCCACAGCUUAUACUGAUAGCAGGGGUUGCCAUGACCCAGGUGUGGGUUCCCACCGCUCAUUCUGACCAGGUCUCUCUGGAUGGCAUCCUGUCCCUGAGGCACACUGACCACACCACACAGCUUGGUGUGAUCCACUAACUGCUCAGGGUGCGCUCAAUCCCACUGUUAAUGUCACUGAUGGAGAUCAUAAAGAGCUCUGAUCCCAGCGCAACUCACAACCAGUUCCUCAUCCAUUGAACAUCCAGUCCAUACCUUUCCAAUUUGGAGACAAGGAUGUCGUGGUGGACCGUGUCAAAGAAAAAUGUCCCCAGAAGAAGAAAAACGUUUAAGUGGUAAAAUGGUGGUCAACUUCCUUUCUGAGAACUGUGCUUCCUGAGCUCUAUGGAUGGACACUCAAUGGGCAACUGGACAAUAGUUUGUAAUCCUGAGAGCUUCCCCGAGAGCUUCUCUCCAUCUUGGACCCCAGGACAAGGUGGAUCUUUUCCGUGACCAUUGCUGUGUGCUUAAUCACCUUAAAAGCCAACAAGAUGGAGGCAUUUAUCCCAGAGCCUGUGGCCAUCCUGCCUGAGGAGUUGGUUGUCUUGUUAGAAAGUCCCUUGGCCCUCCUUUUAGGCAAAGGGAGGCUUUGUGUUCCAUGGUUGGUCAGAUCUUGAAAGCACAAAGGGAAUGUGCCCACAGGAUUUGGAGGCAAACUGCAGAAAUACAUCACUUGAAGUCCUUGUCUUGCCCUGAAAAUGAUUUUUUUACGCAACAUUUUUUUUUAUCCUCAUCCGCAAUGGGAGCCGCAGCUCCUGAUCUCUGGAAGCUUCCUGGUUUUUCCCUGUCUUCUCUAUGUCCUCAACACAAUUUCUGUUGCAGGCGAGGGAGAAUAGAGCACGAAUAAGAUAUAAAAUAAACACACUUUAAAAGCUUGA